AUGGACACUGAGUCGACCCACUCGGGCUACUCCUAUCACUCCAGCCGCUCCGGGAGAUCAAACCGACAUGGGGAUCGAAGCCGUGAGCGGCACAAGGCCAGCAGCAGUAAAGACAGCAGUCGCUCUGAGAGGUCCGUCAUCAUCAACCCCCCUGACACGCCAUCCCAGGACUCCCCUGUUCACAACGGAGAGCCGCUGCCCGGAGAACCCACAACGGCAGCAGAUCAUGGAGAUGAAGCCCAGAGACUCCAGGAUGAUAACUGGGGAGAAACCACCACCGCAGUGACAGGCACCUCAGAGCUGAGUGUUUCACAGGAGGAAGUGGUUGGACUGGGGAAGGGGAUACAGGACCGGACCCAAGGCUUCCGUCGCUAUCUUCCCCUAGCUGUGGGCUCGUGCGUGGGGCUGCUGGUGCUGGCCACACCCCUGGUCUUCCUGCUCCUUCCAGCUGCAAUGUGGCCCGACAGACUGCAGGCUUGUGGUGCGGCCUGCGAGGGCCUCUUCCUCUCCAUCUCCUUCAAGCUCCUAAUCCUCCUGGUGGCCAUUUGGGCCCUGUUUCUCCGAUCAGGCCGCGCCAGCCUGCCCAGGGUGUGUGUGUACCGUGCAUUCCUCACCACACUCACACUCCUGCUCACCAUGUCCUAUUGGCUCUUCUAUGGGGUCAGGAUCCUGGAUGCACAGGAUGAGGACUACCACGGUAUCGUCCAGUUUGCCGUGUCCCUCGUGGACUCCCAGCUGUUUGUCCACUACCUGGCCGUGGUGCUGCUAGAGCUCCGCCAGCUCCAGCCCUGCUACAGCGUGUGUGUUAUCCGCUCAACAGACGGAGAGACACGUCACUACAACAUAGGACAGCUCAGCAUUCAGAGGGCUGCUCUGUCCAUUUUGGAGUAUUACUACAGAGAUUUUCCACUCCAUAACCCAGCACUUCUCUCUGCCGCGAAGCACCGUGCUGCCAAACACCUGGCUGGGUUAAAGGUCUACAACGUAGACGCCCCGGGGAGCACAGCGGGGGCUCAGCCUGGUAAUGGGAAUCAGUCACGGGCGAUGGUUACAGCUGCCACCAAACGCAAAGACAGUGCCCACAAUGAGCUGUACUACGAAGAGGCAGACUACGAGAGAAGGGUCCGCAAGCGUAGAGCCAGGCUGGUGGUGGCUGUAGAAGAGGCCUUCACUCAUGUCCGCCGGAUGAAGAAAGAGGAUGAGCGUGCAACCCCCUCUGACAUUAUGGAUGUGCGUGAAGCAGCUCUGGCCAUAUUUCCCUCUAUGGCCCGUGCCCUGCAGAAGUACCUCCGCACCACCAGGAGGCAGCACUGCCACAGCAUGGAGAGCAUCCAGAAGCACCUGGCUUUCUGCCUCGUCAAUAACAUGAGCCCUAAGGCCUUCCUUGAGGCCUACCUGGCCCCCGGUCCGACCCUGCAGUACGGGCCUGAGCGCUGGAUGGCUGAUCAGUGGACUUUGGUCAGUGAGGCUUCUGUCACCAGCGGCAUAAAGGAAGGGACAGAGUUCCUGCUGAAGUGUCUCGACUUUAGCCUAGCUGUUACCGUCAAGAACAUCCCUUACAUCCGACUGACUGAGGAGUACAUCGACCCCAAGUCUCAUAAGUUUAUACUGCUGCUUCAAUCAGAAACUUCAGUUUAACAGACCCAGUGGACCAGUGCUGCUGAUCUGGACUUGCAGGACUGUUACAAUUAUCUGACCGAAUUUUUCAAAAAUAGCUUUUUGUACCGUUUUUUGUACUUGAGUUUGUUAUUUUCUCACAUAGAGUAUCUUUGUGUCCUUGUCAAUGUCCCGGGAGACAUUAAAGACAAUAAAAGACAGAAAAUAUGAGGGAAUAUGCUUGGAUUUCUCUGUCCUGACAUUUGCAGAACACAGUUCAGGUACUCCUCUAUGCACUUCAGAUGACCCUCACAUAUGUUCUUCUUCCUUUAUUUGCAUGUGCCAGUGUGUGCCUGCGUGGGAGAGUUCAUGGUUUAGGAGGAAUGUGUGAUUUAGGAUGCAAAAGUGUGUGUGUGUGUGUGUGUGUGUGUGUGUGUGUGUGUGUGUGCUGAGUAUAAUAUACUGUACAUCUGGGGUCUGUCUCAACCUGUCUCCCCUUCCUCCUUAGCGUUACUAUAGUGACCAGGACAUUUAACAUAAACUGAACCCUUUUCACCAAAACUGCUCUUUUUCAGUCUUAGCAAUGAUUAUUUAACUGUCCUGUAUUACAGAUGUUUGUACAGUAUUUAUAUGUGAAUAUACUGUAUCCCUCCACACUUCUAUAUCAAAAUUGUGCUUGGUUUGAAUGAUUUGGGGGUUUUUUUGUUGUUUUUUUUAGCUUGUCUGUCAGUGCUGUAUUUGUGGAGAUAACUGGACUGUAAAUAGCUGAAGACAUGUUUGUAAAUGUCACUGGAAUCUCUUGGGCUAAAUGCCAACCACAGCACAGCUGAACACAGACGGCCUAGCCAAUAGAUUGUGAACGAACACAUCUGACUAGUCAUUAUGUUUGCGUUUUUACAGUUAGGUGUGUGCAGUGUACACUGAUCUUUUUGUAAGCCAGCAGGGGGACAUAAUGUUUGGACGGCUUUGAGGUUCAUGCGAUAUGACAUUUUUAUAUCCCAUGUUAAAACUGACGCCUUUUUGCUGUUUAGUUGCAGAACAUAUGCCCCUGAAUUGGAUCUUAACUCACCGUGAAGAGGGCGGAUUAUUACAGCACCUCUCUGUGUGCCAUAAAUCCUGUGAUUCACAAGUGAAACAUACCGAGCCAUGAGGUUCUCAGCUGCAUAAGACAAUGCAUCAAAUAUAUGAAUAGUCAAACCCAGAUUUCAGAAGCUGUUUCAAAAGCUUUGGCUUUCUCUCUGAAAUAAAAUCCCUAUCUAAAAUUAAUGGGCACUUAGCCCAUGCUGGCAAGUGUUUAAACAAGUGUUACAAAUGAAUUAUGUAGUGUAAGUUAGCUCAACCCAGUGUCAGUAUUUCUGCUGUCAGUAUUCUGUCUGUGGACACCCAAGUGUCACACUACUGCCACCUAUCUACCAACACCGGUACAGGAACUUUCCUGCGUCAAUCAAACUGUUAAUUUCUAUGAGUAGUUGAUCACGAUUUUUAGAUCUUCUGUGUGUGAGAGGCAUGUUAUGUUGUAAAUUUAUAUUCACAAAAGUGUUGCUGUGGUCACUUACAGUGUAGUUUUGUUUAGGGCUGUUUAGGACUGUUGGUGGUUGUAAAUACUUAUUGACUACACAUGUGCCGCAGUUAUACAUAUCUAGGAUCUGCUCAGUAUACAUGUGAAGUUUUUAAGUGUGCUUCUGUGUGUGUGUGUGUGUGCGCGCGCGCGUGUGUGUGUAUAGGUGAGAGAGAGAGAAAGAGGGGAAAGGAGAAAGAAGGGAACAUAAUUAAGAAAAGAUACUGCUUUCCCAAAUGUCAUGCAGCUGACGAGUCAUGAGUUUUAAGUUGUCCCUGUCUUCUUUUAUACAACGGAAAAUGUAAAAUCAUAGCAG